GCUGCAUCCCAGCUCCCCGCGUUUGCGCUCUUUCCUAUAGCAGCCUGGAGGGAACAGCUCGCCGCCGAUGAAUGGGUGGCCUGUCUCCAGGCGUGGCUAGCCCUCGUCGACAGCCAUCUCUCCCUUUCGGAUGCAGAUCUCUUGGCUAUUUCGGCCAAGAACGAGAGCCUCUCGACCUUUCUCUCCUCGUUUACGCGGGAAGUCGUUUUUGGGGGCGUGGCUGUUCUUGGUCCCUCUCAGCUGGCGAAACGGCUCCUCAAAGACUGCUUCCUGCUCACCUCCAAACUUCUCCAGUCAUCCUCGCCACCCAGUGGACUGGCACAAUGGGAGUUCCUCGCCGACCUCAGCCGCGUCUACGGCAAGAAGAAGGCGCUCGGGCUUCUGUCAAGCCUGUCAGAGCCCUCUCAGACAGAACUUGAUACCUCGCUCUCCGGCCUCAAGAAGUUUCUCAUCAAGAACCUGGACGCCGGGCUACGGGGCGGCGACCUCAGGGCGAUCGAGGAGCGGCUGGAGAGGGCAAACGACCUGAUAGACGCCUCUCCGGCUGUUGCUGCCUUCUUCCUGGCCGGCAGCGACUUCCUCGACGGCCUCAUCAGCUGCUACACAAUCAUGAACCCGCCCCUCCGGAAGGUCCUCAUCGCCACGACAUAUCUAUGCCUCGUCGGGCUCUCGGAGGGGCAAAAGAUAUCCACACUAACCGACCAGCUCUACUCUCUCAAAGCCGCCGCCGACACACACAAGGCGGGGCCAACCAACGUCAACGACUCGCUUGUCGCCGAGCUGGUGACAUCCACCCCGCUGCUGCAACAGCUCGAGAGGAAGCUCGACGAAUCCGGCAGCACGUCGAGCCGGACCAAGUCCGUCCUGGCCGAGCUGGCCGCCUUCAAGAAGCCCGGCGGCGGCAUGGCGCGACCGAAACGGGCGGCCAACCGGCGCAAAGCCGACAAGGGCAAGGGGCUGGCCGAGUUCGACGAGGCGCAGGCGCAACAGGAGAUGCACGUGCACCGGAUGAGCCAGAUCUCGCAGAUCCAGGACCUGUUCCCCGAGCUGGGGUCCGGGUUCGUCGCGAAACUGCUCGGCGAGUACGGCGACGACGGCACAGAGCAGGUCAUCGCGCACCUGCUCGAAGACUCCCUACCAGCGCUCCUGCAGUCUGCAGACCGCAGCGAGCAGCUGUCCGCCCCUACAUCAUUAAAACCACACCCCGGCGAUGCCUUAGCGCCGCGCGCAACCCCACCACUGCUGCCGACGCGGCACAACGUAUUCGACGACGACGAGCUGGACCGGCUGUCGGCGGACGCGUUCCCGCGGCUGCAGCUGGGCAAGCGGCGCGGGGUGGACGCGGACACGCUGCUGGCGGACGGGACGGCCGCCGCGCCGGUCCACAAGGCGGCGAUCCUGUCUGCACUGGCGGCGUUCGACUCGGACGACGACGAGCGCGACGACACGUACGACGCGGCCGACGUCGGCGGCACGGUCGACGUGGGCGUGGGCGGCGGCGGAGAUUCGCUGGACGAGACCACGGAAGGCGCGCUCUACCGCGCGUACCUGGCGAUGCCGCGGCUAUUCGACCGCGACAGCGCGACGCGGCGCGGCGUGGACCGGGCGCGGCUGCGCGACGAGACGGGCAUGACGGACGAGGCGGUCGAGGGCUGGGCCGUGAUGCUGGGGCGCAGCCCGCAGGUGCGCCGGCGGCUGCACGUGCGGUACGGCGAGUGGAUGGGUGAGCAGAAGGCGAUCGAGUCGACGGCGUGGCGGGCGGGAGAGUCGGGCGUCGACGACGAGGGGAGCGACAGCGUGGGGCCGGGGCAGGGGCCGGGCGGGGCUAAGCGUGGGCGGGGAGGUGGUGGCAGGGGCGGAGGUGGAGGACGCGGGCGUGGAAGGGGACGAGGAGGAGCCGAUGGGGGCGGAGGAGGUCCUUUGGCGCCGUUAGACUCGGAGCACGCGAGACGUAGGAAGGAGGCCAAUAAGGGCAGCCGGGCAAAUCAUAACCGCCGCGACCAGCGUGCGAGGAAGAUGGCUAGAGGCGGUCUAUAA